UUGAAAGAUAAUGGCGAGAGUGGUCGAACUGCUUGUAUAGAGAUGAUUAAGGAAUAUCCCAUAGAGAUGGAUACCUUACAUGGAGUCAACUUCAUGUUCACCAAUAACAUAGAAUUUACAAUAGCCAUGUAUCUGUGGAGUAGUCUUGUACAUGAGCAUCAGGGAUCAGGGAAAGUCGACGCAGGAGCUAUAGAGUUAGCCGUUGUGAGCGUUCCUAUUAUGAUUCUCGCUAUUUGUACAACUCUUCAUGUCGCAAACUACAUCGUCUCUCAUUUUUUCUUAAUUUUACUAUGCAUUUAUCCAAUUGCUGGUCCUUACUAUAUACUGAUGUCUAAUCCAGACUACAACAAGAGGGUGAACCGGAUAAAAGAAAACGUCCGCUCUAAACUCUGUUGCUCCCGUUCCAAUUGCAAGGUGACUUCAGUUUCUAGUACUGUGAUUGGAAGUACAACUUCGUAG